CGUGUGGCGCAGGCUGCUCGCGGGAGGGGCGGCGAGCGUCGAUGCUCGCGCUGCUGGGAGCGGAGCCCCUCGAGCUGCCGCCGAGCCGUGCCCAGCAGGCCCCGCGAGCUGCUUCCGCCCCAGACCGACAGAGCGAGAGCGCCGGAGCGGCCGCCGCAGACCCCUUGGGAAGUGAGCCUGUUGAGCUCGAGGAGUGCAUCGGCGGCGGAGUGAGGGGGAUGCUACACCUACUAGGGGCAAUGCUGGGCGCGGGGCGUACGCCCGACCUGCGAGACUCCAUUCUCCGCGCCGCGGCGAUGCCGCCUGCCGGGGGGGCGCAACCCCGUGCUUGCUUUUGCAUUAUGUGAGGUGCUUCCCGCCCCGCUGGGUACUUUAUGCAUGGCAUGGUAUGAGCACGUAAUGGGGGUGCCAGAUGAUGUGGUACGGGGAGGCGCUUGACGCCCUACGUUGCGUUCAGCAUGCUAGGGGCGUGUGGGUUUUGGUGUGCGCGCGGCGCCCGCGGCGCGCCCUGCCCCCUGAUUGAGAGUGUCUUGAUGAGGAGUUUGAGUCGCUCUAGAAACGAUUGCGGUGGGAUGUACGUAUCCUACAUGUAAUACAUCACUGUC